AUGGAUAUUCCAUUGGUCUCCUCAGAGGUAUUGGUCAAUGCCUUCGCCCAGGGUCUCACCAAAGGAGAAUUCUUUCAGUCACUCAUCCAGAAGUCAUCGAGAGAUUUCGACCAUCGGCUCAGGAGGGCCACGGAAUACAUAAACGUGGAGGAAUCCCAAGCGGCUAGAAGAAAGGAGGCGCUUGCUGAGCCCACAACAGUGCCCGAGCAUCGACCAUCGAGUAGCUAUCAACCACCCAAGGGACCUCAAUCGUGGGGAGCACAACCACACCAUGAGCUCAGGACGCAUGUCUUACAUGAGAAAACUAAUACUACUCCUGCCGAGAAAGGUAUUGCUUUGAUUGUAGGUACGAGGAGAACGCGGGAAGCAAAAGAAAAGCGCAGAACUGAACUCGAGUCUGAAGAAGAACCAGACUUAGAAGACGACGACGACGACAAGAUCACAGUGGAGCUGGAGAAAGCUCCAUACAUAGCCAAGGUAGCAAAGCUCAAAGCUGAUUACACCAAAACCAUGGUUGCCUACAACAAAGGCCAGUCUGGUGGAGGAGGAGGAAGUCAUGCUGCUGCCGCAGAUGAAGAAGAAGAAGAAGAAGGCGAGGAAUCCGACAAGUCAAAAUCCGAGGAUGAAGAGGAUGAUGAAUAA